AAAUGAUACAGUAGACUGAUUAGAAUGCCUAAAUUAAUGUUUAACGUAUUUUGAAACUCAAAACCCGAGUAGCAAAAAUGAAGACCAGAAGCGUAUUCAUCUGUCUCUGUCUUCUGCUCUGUAUCGACAAAGUCAAUGGUAACUGUGGCAAAAAUUCUGACGGCAGUAGCUGCAACAAGGGAAAUGGUGGUGGAGGGUCGGAUACAGAUACAACCACACAAGCAGUAACCACCGUCCAACCACCUGCACCGACAACCACUGUUCAACAAGCAACAACUACCACGACACAACCACCAGCGACGACUACCACUACAACAGAACAAUCUACAACCACCAUUCCCACCACAACAGAGCCACCAACAACCACCACCACUACACAGACAACCACCACACCGGAAACUACCACCACAGGGACAACAACAACCACAGCUCCUCCGAGAGUGUAUUCUACGGCAUUAGAAAUGUCAACAUUCAUAGAGGACACUUUCAUAAAAUCCACUAAGACUUACGACAACUUGAUAUUCCCAAGAAAAAAUUUUAAUAAGACCAUAGAGGUAGACAUUAACUUCAGCUUAAUUGCAAUCACGGAUUUAGACGAAAUAGCUGGAACGCUGGAGGUGAUUGGGAUACUGACUCUGACUUGGUAUGAUGAGUUAGUGGAUGAUUCUUAUGAUAGUGACGCCCAUGGUAAAUUCUCCGAAAUUGCUAUCCCUCAUAGAUUUGUCUGGAAGCCUCCCGUCUCUCUGUUCAAUUCGGCGUCAGCCAUUGUUCCCGUUGGGGAUGAUUCUAACUAUGUUCGAAUGUACAGGAUCAUAGAUCCGACUGAUCCCUACAAUAAUCACGGUAAAAUGGAAUGGAGACCUGGUGUGGUGACAAAAACUGGAUGUGUAGUAGAUGUGGCAUAUUUCCCCUUUGAUAGACAAACUUGUAACAUAACCUUCACACACUGGGGUUACAGUGACAAAGAAGUUGUAUUUGUACCCACUGCAUCAAGUUUGGAUCUAAGAGAUUAUACCCCAUCAGACGAAUGGACACUCUCAAAUACAAAACUGAUUGUUGAAACUCUGGAUGGUGGUUCUUUUGUCAAAAUGGAAAUAACGCUGGCACGAAAGCCAACAUACUAUUUGGUGAACUUUUUCUUGCCCAUUAUAAUUUUGGGUAUUCUAAAUGCUUUGGUAUUUGUCCUUCCACUUGAGAGUGGAGAAAGGGUCGGUUACUCCGUCACAGCAUUUUUAGCAUUUGCAGUUUACUUAACUUUAAUUGCAGACGGAAUGCCUAGAACAUCUGAGCCAAUGGCAAUCCUUAGUUACUUUCUUAUGUCAAUGGUAGUUGUUAGUGCCGUGGCUACCAUCAUAACUAUCUUCACACUCCGCGUCUACCUGAAGGAUGAGGAUGAUCCUGUACCUUCGUGUCUUGCCCUCUUCAUCGCGUGUCUUAAUUGUCGAGUCUGCAGGAGGGAUGAUGACGACGAGGAGGAAGAAGAGGAGAUGCCAUUAUUAACUACAGAUGAACUCGAGUUAGAAAGAAUGAGACAAGGAUCAGCUAGGAAAUCGCGAUUAGCUGUUGAUGACAUUGAGAGUUUUUCAAUCGAUGAUUCCCCUGAGAAUCGCUAUGACGUGGACUGGAAGCUUGUGGCCAGUACUUUGGAUGUGUUUUCUCUUCUAGCUAUUCUAGGAGGAAGUGUGGCCAUUGCAAUUGUGUUUUUGGUUCCAUUGGUUGCUCAGAUGUAGAAUGGUAUGUGUCUGUAGUAUAUGGUUUAAUCUCAUUUUAGAUUCAAAGAUUUAACCAAAACAAGCAAACCUAUAUGCAUCCAUAAAUUCUGUCUUAUGUUUACAUAAAAAAAAACCUGCACGUU